AAGAUGCAAUAAAGUGCCAUUUCGUGGUGCAACACGACCCUUUCUCAGAACCUGUCGAACGGGCUUGCAGUGAAAUUAUCUAGUCAUGUGAAAGAGAGCACUGGUAGAAACGUGAUAAAAAGCAUACAUCUGGCGUCGCGCUUCGUUGGAGACAGUUUGCUUGCGUGCCCAACGUCUAACGCACAAUGGGAAAUUCGAGCACAAAGCUUGCGGAAAAGUGUUCCCUGCUCGCCAAGAGCGAGGUGCCCGUGGUCGCCAGCUCCUUUAAACUAGUCAGCAAAAACUCGGAACGCAUAAAGGAAGAUGACCUCAUGAAAUUCUGGGGCUCCCAGAUGGACCCCCGAUUGGCGCAGUACAUCACAAAUUUUCUUUUCGGACCACUCGGUUCCCGGUCGCCAGUGGUCGAGUUUCAACGGUUCGCCGAACUGUACGUAUUCUGCGUCCGGGGUACCAUAGACGAACGCAUCAAUGUGCUGCUGUGCAGUCUGGGGCAACAACCGGAAUCGGAGUCAACGGAAAUUGCCUAUCCGCUUAUCAAAGAGUACGUGGAGGCGGUGGUGAGCAGCUAUAUGCGUGCGAUACGACUGGAAGGUGGUCCACAGUACAAGUCGUGGGAAUCUCGGGGCUUCCGGAUUGUGAAGGAUUGCAUACAGAAGCUAGCCGAAAGCUUGGCGUACGAUGUCGUUCAACAGGGAACGCAGAAAGUGACGCGCGCCGAUGCCGAACGAUGGUUACAUAAAAAUCCCACCUUUCUUAAAAUGUUAGAACACGUGUUUGCGCACCUGUACCAUUAUCGAAACGUAAAGAAUGCCUCAGAAGCGGAGGGCAACGCACGGAAGAGUAUCAUCCCACAAGAAGCACUACAAUCCAUGUUACCGUACUGCGAAGGACUCCAGUACGUGCCGGACUAUCCGGCGUUUACCGAUCUAUCGCAGAUGCUGUUCAUCAACACCAACCUUCCCGGAUCACAGCGGAAUAAGUGGCGCUUCCUGUUUUCGUCGCAAAUACACGGUGAAAGUUUUUCUACUCUGCUGGGCCGCAUCAUGGAUCAGGGAUCAACGGUAAUCAUUGUGGAAGAUGUUAACGGUUACAUUUUCGGCGGUUACGCAACGGACUCUUGGGCUCUUAGUGCAAACUACGAGGGUAACGACAAUUCCUUUCUGUUUACGCUGCGCCCAAAGAUGCGGUGCUUUCCUAGCACGGGCUACAACGAUCACUACCAGUAUUUAAAUCUCCAUCAGCAAACGAUGCCAAAUGGAAUGGGAAUGGGAGGUCAGCACAACUAUUGGGGUGUUUGGUUGGACAGCGAGUACGGCAUUGGGGAGUGUUCAGAGUCGUGCACGACGUACAAAGGCUACGUUCAGCUAAGUGCCACCAAAAAGUUUAACGUGCGAAACGUCGAAGUGUGGGGUGUUGGCGACAAACCGGUGAAGGAGGACGAAGGGGAGGAAGACAAGUCCACAGCACGCUCCAUCCUGGAUGGGAAUGCGGAUAGCAAGGCCAUCUUGAAGAUGAGUGGCCGUGAGCAGUUCUCCGAUGGAUAUCGCGAGGAACCGAAAGACUAAGGAUUGCGCAAGCACGCCAGAAAGAAGAAGUGUUUCGUGCUGGCUCGCUCGAUGGAAAUCAACUUGGUGGAUGUUACCGAUACGUUCAAUUUCAAUUUUCUGUAAUCGAGUGCAAAGAAAUGCAUUGGCGGCUGAAGGAACCCUGCCGUUCGGGGUGUGUAUUCUAAUGGAAUUGGAUGCGCGAAUCUUUUACCUGCGUAUUUAGAUAUACGCUGGCACGGAGACUGCAAGAACAACAAGUCUGACAUUUUUUCUCCAACGGGUUUUAUUUAUUUAGUUCUCCUUCGGGAGCAUUUCGUUGUAUCAAGUUGAAUACAAACUAAAACACCAAGUGCACCAACAUUCUCCAUCACCAGCACUAUCACUAGACUCUUCAUCUGGCGUGAAGAUACUGAGUAUAAUGAAUAGUUUCAGCACCAAAUUAGGAUGAACGUGAACGUAUUAUCAUUAAACAUUUGUCCCAAAAUGGCGACAGAAAUCAACAGGGCAAGAAGAUGGUAUCGAAGAUACCGCAGAAUGGCUGAAGAAAGGUGGCAAUACGAAGGAAUGUUAAGCAAUUGUAGAAUCGCGUACACUGGCGUAAAACUUUGUCAGUACGGGCAGUUCGGAUUGGAAAAGUUGUUUGCCGAGAGAUAAAUUUAACACAAGAACAUCACAACGCACCAAAACAGGUUCAGGAAUAGCAUGAUGUAGAAUAUUGCGCUUGAUUGAUGUACAUUCGUCAGUGUUGUGUCGUUGUUAUUCUUUGCGAUAUGAACAAAUUAGACAAAAGUGCAGAACGGCUAGGUAUUGUUAGUUUAUUUAUUUUGGUGCUUAGUUAGGAAUUGAAUUUGCUUUGUCCAACCGGACAGUGCCAUACCGGAAUAAUCAUACAUGCUUGGUUUCGAUUAAGAUUAUUUAAACGUAGCAGACCCCAUAGGGAUCGUGUUUUUUGAUAAUGAGCUUUUAUUCAACGUGUACAAAAGUAUCCCACAAUGGGAAGAAUACUUCUUUCUAUUAAAUGCAUGUUGUUAGCUUUGGUGUAUUUGUAACUGUGUUCCUCAAUACCCAAUACUAUUGUUGAAUAGAAGCACGGACUUGAAAGAAUAUGUAAGAAUAAAAUGCUAUG